GUCGCCAGUGUGAAAGGCUAUCUUGUCAUACUACUAUUAGUAAUUAUACCCAAUCCUCUUUUCCUUUUCUUUAAUUUAUUUAGUUUGUGGGAAAAACAUCAAUUUGAGUCGAGUCCCCUAAAUAUGAUUUUUUGUCAGCUCACAUAGUUGGGUCACACUGCUUGUUAUCUCUAACAUAAAAUUGGCAUUUAACCAUUUAUAAACAUAUGUCCAAUUUAUAGAAUGAAGACGUCAUCAGCAAUACUGAAAUACUUGCUGGAGAAAGAUGUGCAAUGGUCGACUUAUUGCGUAUCAAUUCUAUAUAAUUAUACGUUCUUUAAGUCUUUAAAGAUAAACUGUAAAUUUCUAGAAAUAUCCUGUGAUGGUAUUGCCUGGUUAUUUUCUUGGAUGGCUUUCAUAUGGAUAAUCAAUUCAAAAGCAUUGCUUCAAAUGCAAGUAAAUAUGCUUAUGGGACUUAUUCUUGAUAUUGUCGUCGUAGCCGUGUUAAAGUCAUUUGUGCGCCGAAGAAGACCGGUAUCAAUCAAAGAUACGUGGGUAAUAGGACCCGAUAAAUUUAGUUUUCCAUCAGGCCACUCAUCUAGAGCAUUUUAUGUACUUAUAUUUUUUACAAAAUUGUAUUCUCUGCCCUUUUUUUUGUUAAUACCCCUUACGACAUGGGCUGUUUGCGUCGCUCUAUCACGACUGAUUCUACAGCGGCACUACAUAUUGGACAUUUUCGCUGGAGUUGUCAUUGGAGUUCUUGAAGCAAGAUUUCUCGAAUUUAUUUGGGUCAGUGAAACAUUUGCUGAAAACAUUAUUGGUUUUAUGUCUGCUUCGGAAUGAAUAAAAAUAACGUAUCUUGGGGAAUAUAUUUAAUAAAAACUUUAUAUUCUA